UUUCACCACCCAAAAACACAGAUAAAAAGAAUCGGUGACUCUGGGAAAGACUGAAACUUUAGCUUAAAUGGGAUCGUACAAACACUUGCAGGCUUUUUCACAGCCGUCUUUACCAUUAUUGCUAUUAUCAUUAUUACAUGCACAUCGCUUGUGUCGAGAAAGAUCAGAUCUUUGUUCUUCUCUCCACGCACUCUCUGUGAUUUCAUCUAAUAAUGAUGAUACCCUUUUUAGCCUCAUUAUAUUUAUCUUCCUUUGUCUCUCCUUUAAAUCCCCAUUUAAUCUCUUCUUCUGGAACUUCAUUAUCUUCCUUUGUCUCUUCUUUAAAUCCCCAUUUAAUCUCUUCUUCUGGAACUUCACAGCAGAAAAGACUAAAAAUUUUCUUUGUUUUUCAAAAUGACCCCCACCCCCCACAAAACCCCCAUGUCCUUCAUUUCUCUUGAACAACUUCUGCAGCUGCUGUUGCUGCUUUCAGCUUCUGCUGAGUGUUUUUAGUUCUGGGUCGUAAUUAUCCUCGUCAGAUUACUUGCCGCUUCUUGUUUGUCCUUAUUAACUCUUUUGCUUAUACACAAGAAGCGACCGCCUUCCUUCCUUUGUUUACUUGCUACUUCUAAUACUACACUGCUUCUUAUUUUGUUUUCUUGGGAAGGUGGGGGUGAUAUUGUGAAAAACAAAGCUAUCAAUUUUUUCUCCGGCAUUGACCAGAGAAUCAGAGUUGCACCUGGAAAUUCAUGGCUGCCAGGUCAGGUGGUUCUUCGUUUGUGCCGUCUCUUCCUCCACCAUGUCCGAAAUUCCCACCAGAGUAUCCGGAUUUGUAUGGGAAACGAAGGGAAACAGCUAAGAUUCAGAUGCUUCAGAGAGAGAUUAGUUUUCUUGAGGAGGAGUUAAAAUCUGUCGAAAGUAUCCAACAUGCUUCCAGAUGCUGCAAAGAGGUUACAGAUUUUGUGAUGGCAAACUCAGAUCCUCUAAUACCUACAAGCCAGAAGAAUCAAAAGACACGUCGGUUUUGGAAGUGGCUUUGUGGAAUGCCCUGUUUAAACUUGUCAUGGAUCUGCUGCUAUUCUGGGUGCUCUUGCAAUCUGAAAUGCCCAUGGUGCUGUGACUACAAUCUUUGUGGCCGCAAUUUAUGCAACUGCAGCUCAUGCAUUUGCAGCUUAUGUAACUGCAGAUCCUGCAACUGCAGCUUUUCUGACUGCAAUUUAUGCAACUGCAACUGCAGCUCAUGCAUUUGCAGCUUAUGUAACUGCAGAUCCUGCAACUGCAGCUCUUCUGACUGCAAUUUAUGCAACUGCAGCUCAUGCAUUUGCAGCUUAUGUAACUGCAGGUCCUACAACUGCAGCUUAUCUGACUGCAGUUCAUGCAAAUGCAGCUCAUCCGAUUGCAGUUCAUGCAAAUGCAGCUCAUGUGACUGCAGCUCAUGUAAAUGCUAUUCAUGUAACUGCAAUUCGUGUUUAAGCUUCUGCACAAUUCCAAAAUGGCAGUGUUGCUCUUUUCCUAAAUCCCAUUGCUGUAGAAAGAUCUCAUGCAGCCGAAACCGUUGCAUUUUUCCAUUUGCUUCAUGCACAGACUGCUGUUGUUGCACAUGGAAAUGCCCUUGUCGUCAAUGUCCAGAGGUAUGCCUUUGCUGCAGUUGUAGAAAAACCUGUUGUAACCCAUGCUGCUUAUUAUUCUAA